AUGAAUUUGCAUUUCUUUUCUGCCUGUGAAACCGCAGUCGGUGACCAUGAUACUCCUGACGAAGUGAUACACCUAGCGGCUGGCCUGCAAUUCGCUGGGGUUAAGAGUGUCAUUGGGACAUUAUGGAAGGUCAACGAUAGUACUGUGCAGCGCUUAGUCGAGGCAUUCUACAAAAACUUGUGCGGGAGUGGGAAAAUGAAUUCCAAACAAGCUGCACGAGCGCUUGCACAGAGCGGUCCAGUCGUUGGCCAGCGACAAGGACAUGCCCUUAGACCAGCGCGUAGUGUUCAUAGCACAUUGGCAUAUGAGCAAUUUCUAUCCAGCCAUGGCUACACACAACCUGUUGCCAAGGACUCAAUCUUCGAUAUUUCAGACUUCGAGACUGUAUACCUCCAUGAUAUGUACACCUAA